UUUGGCGAAACUGCAGAUUACCCGCGGUUUUUCAUUCAGUUAGACCGUAUUUCACUUUUGUUUAUAUAUAUAUAUAUAUAUAUAUAUAUAUAUAUAUUAGAAGAUGUUUUUAUAGUGAAAUAAAGUUUGUAAGGAUUUAUGGGAUUUAAAUAUCUACCAGUUGGGUUUGAUAACGUUAGCUGCUGCUAUUAGUUAGCCAAGCUUAGAUUGUAGUCAACAUCAUUGACAUUUAACUUCUUAAAUUCUAUCAACUAUUGCUUGAGGGAGCAAAAACAGCGUUACAAAGCUUUAUGAAUGAUAAAAGGAAAAUAUUGUUUUUGUUGGUUGAUUUAGAGCUUUUAUUUUGCCCAUCAAUACAACAUAGUUCAACUGUAAUAUCAGUCCUGUAUAUUUACUGAUAUUGGCUUAUAUUUCUAAUGGCUUAAUAUUUUUUCAUACAAUUUCUGUAUAUAUUUAUAGACUGUAAAACCUUCAGCUUUGUUGUAUGUGGAAAAUCAUCCUAGACCAUUGUAUUUGGGCAUUGAAUUUGUUCUGACAAAAGCUGCCUUUGCUUUACAAAGCUUAACUUUUCCCAGUGAAUAGGAAUGAACCAAUAAAUUGGGUUAAAAAAAGUGCAUUUUGUCAGUUUGACUCACUAUUAUUCCCUAGCUUGCAUUUAAUAAUAUUCAUGCUUUCUUAGGGUGUUUUCACACUUGGGUCCUCUUUAAAAGAACCAAACUCAACCAAAAAGUAAACCGAGUGAAAAAAAGUACCCAGUUCUCUUUGCAUUCAUACUAUGUGUGACCUUGAAAGUGGGCUCAGAUCUCUUUUUUGUCCACUUGACCCGUUACAGGGUCUCAGUCCAUUUUGCAUUCACACUGUGUUGUUUUUGUAAAAUUUAUGAUAAUAAUAAUUAUUAUUAUGGCUAUAUUAAAGGUUAAGAGUGCAAUUAGCUCUACAUAUCAACUUAUGAUAUUAUUAAACAUGUUUAAUACCCUUAAAAUGGGGGCCUGGGUAGCUCAACGAGUAUUGACGCUGACUACCACCCCUGGAGUCGCAAGUUCGAAUCUGAGUGAAUCCAACCAGGUUUCCUAAGCAACGAAAUUGGCCCGGUUGCUAGGGAGGGUAGAGUCACAUGGGGUAAUCUCCUCGUGGUUGUUAUAAUGUGGUUCUCGCUCACGGUGGGGUGCGUGGUGAGUUGUGCGUGGAUGCCGCGGAGAAUAGCGUGAAGCCUCCAUGCGCGCUACGUCUCCGCGGUUACGCACUCAACAAGCCACGUGAUAAGAUUCGCGGAUUGAAGUUCUCAGACAUGGACGCAACUGAGAUUCGUCCUCCGCCACCCGGAUUGAGAAGAGUCACUACGCCACCACGAGGAUUUAGAACGCAUCGGGAAUUGGGCAUUCCAAAUUGGGGAGGAAAAAUUCAUUUUAUACCCUUAAAAUGAAUAAUUCAUUUUAGUACAGGUGUCUUUGUUCAAUAAAAUAUAUUUUAUUGAUAUUCUGCAUCAAAAAAGAACUGUAUUACAUAGUGUAAAUAUAUAACAUCUUGUUUUUUAUAAAUUAAGAGGGAAAAGCAAUGCAUUAAACUGAAUGAAUUGUAUUUUUUGUAAUAAUACUGUAUUUAGAGGCAAAAUUCAAGAAAUUCAAUCAUGGAUUAUGGUAGAUUAGUUGUAUUACCAACAAAAAAAUAAUGAUUGAUCAUGGUUUUAUCUAUUGACAGCAUCGGGCAACAUCCAUUCAUUGAAUACAAUAGUAAUAUAUUAGUAUCGUGAUCUCUAACUGUAACGCACCAUUCUAAUGCAGUCCGGUUAAACAGUCUAAAUAGUUUUCAUCAGCAACUUCUCUGCGCAUCAUCAUUACUGGUGUAGGGUUACCUCUCAGGGUCAAACAUGUUUGGCAUUACGCUAAAGAGAAAAUCAAGUUAGCCCGGAGCACUUUGUGUUCACCAUGCACCGAACUGCAGGCUGCAAGUGAACCAUACUCAGACCACCUCCCGAGAUGGUCUCGGUUUGGUUCACUUUAAAGGGGUCUGAGAUCGCUUGGAUUGUUCACAUAUGGGCCAAAAAUCCCGCGAACCGCACUCAGACCCCUGAAACGGAUCAAGUGUGAAAACGCCCUUAGAUUACAUUUAAUACGUAGGCCAAGCCAAUCUAAAUAGAUAUUUUCAGUUUCAUGUUAUCAUUGUCUGUAUGGUCAAAUUAAUUUCUUGUCUGUAACUGUGUUCAGAACUGAACAGGUAGAGGAUGCUGCGUCUACGUUGCAAGGCCAAGAAUGGGACCCAUCUAAUGCAGGGCCUUACACACCAGUCUUGUGUUCAGGAGCUAAAAGACAAGAUCGAGGAGUUGACAGGAAUACCAUGUGAUGUACAGAAGAUCAUGGUGGGCUAUCCCCCAUCCAGCCUGGAUCUAUGUGAUGGCGAAGCCCACCUUAAAGACUAUCCCAUCAAAUCAGGUGAUACACUGAUUGUAGAAGAGGAAAAGAACAAACCCAAACCCCAAACACAAUCUGCUGUGACCAAAGGGCCCAGUCUCGACCUGGGCCCUGUCGUAGAACGCCGCGUUGUCCCCGCCGACAACUCUUGUCUGUUUACAAGUGUGAACUAUGUGAUGGAAGGGGGUUUAUAUGACCCAGCCUCCGCCCCUGAAAUGCGAGGGCUUAUUGCGCAAAUUGUAGCCAGUGACCCCACUGCCUAUUCAGAGGCGGUACUGGGCAAGACCAACGAGGACUACUGUGGCUGGAUCCGUCGCGAUGACACCUGGGGGGGUGCCAUCGAGGUCUCUAUACUCUCAAAGUUCUACCAGUGCGAGAUUUGUGUCGUUGACACUCAAACUGUACGCGUUGACCGAUUCGGCGAGGAUGCGGGUUAUACCAAACGGGUGCUGCUUAUUUACGACGGCAUCCAUUACGACCCACUCCAAAAGGUGGUGCCUAAUUCAGACGUUCCACCUCAGACUGUGUUCUCCACCACGGAUGACAUCAUUCUGGCCCAGGCGCUAGAAUUAGCGGAUGAGGCACGGAGGAAACGGCAGUACACGGAUGUAAACCGUUUUGCGCUGCGCUGCAUGGUGUGCCAGACUGGCCUCGUGGGGCAGAAGGAAGCAAGGGAGCACGCCAAGGAGACUGGACACACCAAUUUUGGGGAGGUGUAAAACUGUUCGCUUUGUUGUUGAAAUCACCCCCAAAUUUACUGCGCCACUGCCACGCCACUUGACAUGGUACCCGCUCUGCUGCCUGUUCCGGCUCGGUACAGUCCUCUACCUCACAUUGUAUAGCAACUUCAGGAGACUUAUCGUGGAGAGUUCCCCAAGAAUUCAGUAUUAUUUGAAGUAGUGUUUUUGAAUCUGUUGCCUGACAUGACAACGAAGCCUUGGUUCAAACCAAAUUUUAAAGGGAUUCUCCACUGAUUUAAAAAAUCCUGUUUGUUAUAUAAAUAAAUGUAUUAUUUCAUGUUAAAGGAAUUGUUCUCAGAAAAAUGAAAAUGCUGUGGCAUAAUAAUUGUUCAUUUUCAACAAACAAAUCAUAGUCAUUAAUCUUUUCACAAAUGAACUUAAAAAUGUUUCAGAAUGUGGCAAGAAUGCUCCAUUAUCUCUAAGUUAAUCAUGGCAUUGUUGUAUGUUAUUAAGGUCAUAUCGCACAGCUUAUGAAUAAUGUGAUGGCACUACGUAAAGUCUUAUUUUCACUGGCUUCAUUGUACCUGUUACUUGAAAAUCACAUAGAUCAAAUUUAAGCUAAGAUGAGAUGUGUCUGUUUCUGAAUUCUUGAUGCGGUUUUACACACAUUCACUGUGCUAGUUAGGUUUCCAAAAGCAUGGAUUUUACAUUGAUGUGGAUAACAAUGGUGCUGACAGAAUAAUCUCAAUUAACUGCUUAGUGAAUUUUUUCUUUGAAGGGCACUUAAUGCAAAAGUGUUCAUUCUCUCUCAAGUGGCUAUGGAAUACUGUAAGGAAGAGUGAUUGUAGUGCAUUUUAAAUGGAGAAAUGUGUCAUAUUUGACUUUUUCCUGCUCUGUGUGCAAAGGCACAAUUAGAGGGGCGAUAUCUGAGUUUUAGGAACACAUUUAGUGUGGCAAGGUAUUAUAGUGUAUUAGUGUGUGGAUGAACUUUAGAGAGACCUUGCAAUGUCUGAGGAUAUACAUGUGACUUGUGUAUUUUCAGUCAGGUACUGUCCUCAUGGUUGUUUACUAGUUUCCAGAAUUUUUAUUUUUAUUUUUUAGAAAUGGUGUCAUGGUAAGGCCAAAGGACUUUGUUUUAAUUUUUGCAGUGAUUUAUUAUUAUUUUUUAAAUCACUGUAAUAAGUGUUUUUAUCACACUAAGGUAUCUUUGAGUGAGAAACUGCAUGCACAGCACUCACUGUUACAAAAUCACUGGUUAUACUGGGUUAAUAAUAAAUAAACUUGAAUUGAUAUACAGUAUAUACUUGUGUGGUUGCCAAGUGUACAUAGAAGUGUUUGGCCCAAUUCAUAACUCAUUAGUGGUGCUGCUUAGGCAAGCAUCACUAAGUAUAAUUGCUCAAACUUACGGUUAUGGAUUUGAACAAACCCCUAACCAUGUUGGUGCAUAACUCUAGAAUUUUUUGUUAUGUACAUGAAUAAUACCUCAAAUGAUGUGGCUUGUUGAGAGUAGAGGUGGACCGAUAGUGUAUUUUGCCAAUACCGAUAACUAAGGUGUUGAAAAAUACCUGUAACCAAUUAAUCGGCCAAUAGUUUUUUUUAAAUCGAUUUAUAGAAUGAUUUAUACCAAAAAAUGCUAAGAUUUCUCUUACUAUGACGGGGCACAGAAACGAGUCCUAAAUAAAUAAAAUCCCAGAUGUAGUUUAUUAUUCAACCAAAAUCCCAAUAAUAAUCUAAAAUAAUUUAGAUUUGUUGCAUAAUGUGGAAAACACCCGGGAUUUAUAUUUUGAAAUGGCAGAGGCUUGGCUCUCUUGCAAUGCUCUAUAUUUAAGUGUUAACUAAAUUAUGCAUUUUAAAGGUUAUAUAUUCACCAGAUGAAGGUGUAUAUUUUGUGUAUAUACUUCACCAGAUGAAGUUUAAUGAGGAAUAAGGUUUAUUAUUAUUCACAAGAUAUGAAGUUCAAGACAAGGUGUACUGAUGUGGCACAUUUCCAUAUAGUCACAUUUUUCAUUCCAUGUCCUUGCUUCAAUUUAGAUUGAUUAUCUAAUCAAAAUAACACAAUAUGCAUUGAAGUGAGGAUAAAAAUAUGGAUGAAUAUUGUCAAUGAUGAAAGAUUGAGGAACAUGGAGGAAUAAUAAAAAAAGGAAACUAUCGGAAUAUAUUUUUGCCGAUAACUGAUAGUUCCAAAUAGCAACUAUCGGGACCAAUUAAUCGGAGGAACCGAUAUAUCGGUCUACCUCUAGUUGAGAGGUGUGUUAUUACUUUACUAAGUGCUCAGGCUUAAAGUUGCACUCACUAAUUUUACAUUUUAGAUUAUUUUAAGUUCACGUUGUGUUGGAAUUACUGUAAUUACAAGAUUCUACUCUGAACUCUUCACGUCCUCUGACUGUGAAAUUAUUUGUUACUGUGGCAUUGCCAAAACUGAUACAUUUCGCAAAUCUAACAAAAAUACAAGUAAACCUUUAACUGUCAAAGCUACUGCCAUUUUUGUUCUUUUUACAUGACGUCACAACGGUCAAGUCAGAGAUUUCAUAGAAUGCUGAGUUUACAAUUUACAAGUUGUAAUCUUGUAAUUAUGGUAAUUCCAACAUGACGUGAAUGCACUAGUACGCUGACAUCUAUGGGAAUGGAUGCAGCAUCAUUUAAAUGCAAUAGUUUUCAGUUACCAGUGCCAUUACUGAUAUGACUAGUCUUCAUCUCAUGUGAGUGUAAAUUAUUUUAUACAUAUGUUUAAGAAUUGUUAUUCAUUUCUUUUGGAGUUCAACAUUUUUUAAUGUGAGAAUCAUUACUGACUGCACCUUUAAAUCAGACAAUUUUUGCCUGGCAGAAGUAUUUUCUAAUUGGUACAGUUGUGCUCAAAAGUUUGCAUACCCUGGCAGAAAUUGUGAAAUUUUGGCAUUGAUUUUGAAAAUAUGACUGAUCAUGCAAAAGGUCAGGUAGACCAAGAACGAUUUCAGAAGAACUGCCAGAAGAAUUGUUCAUGAUACAAAGAAAAACCCACAGGUAACCUCAGGAGAAAUACAGAAAAAAAAAAAAAAAAAAAAAAAAAGAUGCUCUGGAAAAAGACGGUGUGGUUGUUUCAAUGAGCACAAUACUUGUUGUCCCCUCUCCAAACAUAGCGCUUAUAGUUGUGACCAUAAAGCUCUAUUUUGGUCUCAUCACUCCAAAUUACAGUGUGCCAGAUGCUGUGAGGCGUGUCAAGGUGUUGUCGGGCAUAUUGUAACUGGGCUUUUUUGUGGCAUUGGCUUCUUUCUGGCAACUCGAUCAUGCAGCUCAUUUUUGUUCAAGUAUCGUCAUAUUGCGCUCCUUGAAACAACCACACUGUCUUUUUCCAGAGCAGCCUGUAUUUCUCCUGGCUGAAAUCUUUCUUGGUCUACCUGACCUUGGCUUGGUAUCAAGAGAUCCCUGAAUUUUCCACUUCUUAAUAAGUGAUUGAACAGUACUGACUGGCAUUUUCAAGGCUUUGGAUAUCUUUUUAUAUCCUUUUCCAUCUUUAUAAAGUUCCAUUACCUUGUUACGCAGGUCUUUUGACAGUUCUUUUCUGCUCCCCAUGGCUCAGUAUCUAGCCUGCUCAGUGCAUCCACGUGAGAGCUAACAAACUCAUUGACUGUUUAUACACAGACACUAAUUGCAAUUUAAAAAGCCACAGGUGUGAGAAAUUAACCUUUAAUUGCCAUUUAAACCUGUGUGUGUCACCUUGUGUGUCUGUAACAAGGCCAAACAUUCAAGGGUAUGUAAACUUUUGAUCAGGGCCAUUUGGGUGAUUUCUGUUAUCAUUAUGAUUUAAAAAGGAGCCAAACAACAAUGUGAUAAUAAAUGGCUUCCUAUGAUCCCUAUCCUUAAAUAAAAGACAGUUUUUUUUUUUUUUUUUUUGCGUGAUCAGUCAUAUUUUC